ACAUAGAGGGCGCUCCAUGUAGACUGUACAAUGGCGACAGCGGGGAACGCGUUCGAGAAAACAGAACGUCGAAGACUUUGGAUCGGAAAUAUCGACGAAAAGAUAUCAGAGUACAAUCUUCUGAAGUUGCUGAGACGUCACGGUGAAAUCGCCCAGUUUGAUUUUCUCUUCCACAAGACGGGUCCCAGUGAAGGCAAACCCAGAGGCUAUUGUUUUGUUAGCUUCAAGACACAGGAGGAGGCUGAGCUUGCCAUUCACGCUCUGGACGGUAAACUGGCACUGAACAAGAGACUUGCCGUGAAGUGGGCCCACUCACAGACACCAAACUUCAAGACACAGGAAGAAUCCCUUGAAGAUGAGAAAACGUCUCUAGCUCCAGACAAACUGCCAAGCAGUUUUGGGGGUCACCAGUCAGCUGCACCUGGUACCAGCACCAAGAAACAAGCACUAGUAAACAGUAAUGAUGCCAAGAUCCGAGCCAUCGAGAGCAAACUGAGACAAAUGGAGCGAGCCAGUAGUGACUUCACCGUUGUACCUACCUACUCGUCAGCAACGGCAAAGUCCAAGAGUGGCAGGCAAGGUCACUCAGACAAACGCUUCAAGCCGUACAAGAAGAGGUGACACCAAAUACCGCUAUACAUGUACAGAAACUCAGGUGCAAUAUCAUGCUUUUAUUUCUUUUUUAAAUUUCUUCUUUUUUUUCCUAGUCCAAGGGGGCAAACCCUACUCCUUUGUGCUCGGUCAUAGAAUUCUUACAAUACAGGGUGAGUCAAAAAAGCAAAACCCCAACCCUCCAAAAUAUAUUCAUAUUUAAAAAAUGUGUAGCACCAAACAUACUAAAUAAUGACUGGAAAACCAAUUUAAUGUCUUUGGUACACCACUUAAAUGAAUAUUAUGUUGUCCCUUCUAAUUUGACACCAAAUUUGUUGUGGUGAAGCUUGUAAUAUGGAAGAUUUCAUAAAUUUUCCACUUUUCAGCCUUUGAAUACUUUUGCAUGGAAAUUGGCCAAUCAUCAAACAUAUAUCGCUCUUUGGUGUUAACAACACUUGUACUGUACAUUAUAUGGAACACUAUUUGUUUCUAAAUGCAUAUAUGCGUACUUGAUUUCUUUUUCUUGUGUAUAGUUUUGUUUCUUUGUAUUUAUUUGUACAUAAUUAUGCACUUUUUUUAACCCAUCCUCUUGUUUUCCAGCUCUCUUAAUUGUACCUUAAUAUAACAACUUAUUCCUGUUUGUUUUUUGGGGGGAGGGGCUCUUAACAAUUGUGCAUAUGCUCACUUAUGCCCAAUGUUAAAUUUAUACUUCAAUAAAAACGUUUCUCGAUUGGUUGUCAACAAGAUAAUACUUUUCUGCAAAAAGCAAAGUUGUGAAAAUGAGAGUGCAUUCAAAUGAUAUAAUCACCAAAGACAUUUACAUGUAGGCUUUUACAACAUGCAUUUCUAAAAAAGAUUUUUAUAGAAAUGCAUGUUGUAAAAGCCUAAAUGUCUGUGGUGAAUAUAUCAUUUGAAUGCACUCUCAUUUUCACAACUUUGCUUUUUGCAGAAAAGUAUUAAUUUUUUUAGUGCUACAUGCAGAAUGUCUAUAUUGGGUUUCGUUUUUUUUUUUUAACUCACCCUGUAGUGUUCGUCUUUAGUUGAACUUAUCUGAAUAAACAUUUUAUCAAGAAUUAAGUUAUUU